AUGAGGCCGCCUCUCUCCUGGUUGCCGAGAAGGAUAGCUGCCACUUGGUCGCGCAAAUUGACCUCGACCCGCGUUCAACAACAGACGGUACGUUGGAUAUCCUCAAUUGCGAACGAGAAACAUUCCGCUCCCUUGCGAAUUCUAUUCUGUGGAUCGGACACGUUCAGUACAGCGUCUCUCAAAGCUCUCCAUGAGGAAUCGAAGUCCGCGGACAGCAUUAUACUCUCUAUCGAUGUGGUCACCAGGAAGGACAAGUAUAUUGGCCGCGGCAACAAAAUACUCAGCAAGACUCCCCUUGGGGAUUUUGCUGAGAAUCUAGAACUACCGGUCCAUAAAAUCGAUACUUUCACUGGCUGGCAACCCCCAGUGUAUGAUUCAAGCUUCAACUCCGAGAUCAAUCUGAUUGUUGCCGUGUCAUUUGGGCUACUGAUCCCAAUGCGAAUCAUCAAUGGCGCAACAUAUGGCGGACUAAAUGUUCAUCCGUCAAUGUUACCAAAUCUGCGAGGCGCGGCACCAAUUCGCUGGGCAAUUAUGAAUGGCCUCACACACACAGGUGUGUCUGUUCAGACGUUGCACCCUACCAAGUUUGACGGGGGCAUUGUGCUCGCUCAAACACCGUAUCCUGGAUUGCAAAUACCUGACAAGGAUAAUAUCUCCCCUAAUGAUCUGACCAAGAUUCUGGCACCAAUGGGCUCGGAGCUGCUCAUCGACGUAAUCAGGAACAAGCUUUAUGUUCCACCCUAUGAGGCCGUGCCAUCGACGCUCGACGAGUCAGGAAUUAUGCCGGCUCCAAAGUUUACAAGAAUGACACAGGCCAUCGAUUUUCAAACCAUGAGCAGAGACGCUAUCCUCCGGCGAAAUCGCGCAACUGGCCGGUCUAACCUCCUUGUGGGAGCUAAACCUUUGGGGAGCGUCGAAGAACUCACCAUGAAAGUUGGGAAAACUUUACGACUGCCUACCGGACAUGAUGUGCCGUCGGAAAUACAAGAUGAAUUGUUAACUAUCCCAAAGGGCCUGCCAUAUGCAUUGGCUGAUGAAGAGAUUGACUCGGGCAUAUUAACGAAUCCCCUGAUUGUCAAUGUCACCCCAGACCAGCCCGGUAGACCUAGUCAGCUGGUAAUUCCGGAUAUUACGAUCCCUUCGAAGAGACAGGAUAAGGCGGCCAGUGCUGCAUUCCACGCAAACCUAUUUCGACCUGAUCCGGUGAAAAUUGGUCCGUACCAGUUGUGGCUGUUUGGACACCCCCUUUCUUAUCCAACCCUGUAA